GCAAUAACCUGCUAUAAAUAUAGUUAUUUCUAUAUUUAUAUUUUUUGUUUUUUUUAAUCAACUGUUUGUGGGUCUUCAUCCACUUUUGAUGUAGACAUGAUGUUUCAAUAUUAAUAUUUUAUGUUUUAUUUUAUAGUCCAUCAUGGAAUCAAGCAAGCUUUGGUCAGUUAAAAAGGGUUUAACAUAAACUGACAAUAUACGCAAUAAGGCUAGUACCCGUAACAGUCAAAACUCUUUUUUGCCAAAUAUAGAAGAGUACCAAUUAGUUUUCAACAUUUAAGUUUGUACAUAAAAAGCUUGAGACACAAUUAAAUUCUGAUAUAUCGUAGUAACAGGAACAUUAAUUGUUAAUAUCAUGGUAAAUACAUUUUAGUACGUGCACGUCGUAUUUUAAACAUGUAGGCACUUGCUCAAUAUAUAUUUUUUUCAGUAUGAAUGCCCAUGCACUUAUCACAAACAUAAUAUAUUUUAUCACUGUACUAAUUAGGCUAUUGUAUAAUUGGUGAAUGUGUCCACUUAAACUUUAAAUGAUAUUAUACAACAAGGAAGUUUUGUGUGAUAUUUAUAUAACUGGUUUUACUGGCCAAGAAUCAUGAAAAAUGUAAUGAUGUGUAUAAAAAACGUUCGGAUAUUAAAUGAAUAUGUUUUUCAACAUACUUAAACUAAAUUAUUUGUUAUUUAUUUUAAAAUAAAGGUCAGGAAAUGGAAAUAUGAAAAUGAUAUGAACAUUACUCUUUCAGCUCAUGUGAAAAAAAAUCAAUUUAAAACAUUCAUCUGCAUAUCCCCGUUAAUCUGUAAAGUAAAGUUCGAAAUACUCUUGAUUUUUGCUUAAAAUUGUUCGUGAUACUUUAAAACAUUACACGGUAAUACGGUAAUAUUAAAUUUAGAACAAAUUAUGAUUUUGUAUCUGCUUCCUUAAGAAUAAGGAAACGUUAUCUGUCUAAAAUUGGGUGUAAGCAGUUUUAAAUGAAAUGGAUUUUUUUCAUGUGAAAAUGUUGACAGUUUUUAGCUUGAUUUUCUUUAUGAACGUGCAUAUCAAUAGAGGUUAUAAUACAACAUGUCCACUACCGCGAAAAUGCACUAAAAGUUACCGUUCUAAUCACUUUAAUGAAAUCAUCUGCACAGAGUGUUUACCAGGGUAUUAUGGAUCCUGUUGUAAUUACACAUGCCGAUAUCCUAACUACGGAAAAGAAUGUCAGUCAGAAUGUAUGUGUGAUGAAGAAAACUACAAUCAUAUCAUAGGAUAUGUACAGAGAACCUCAAAUGAGACCUUUUGGACGACUAAUCCUCCGUUGAACAAAACAAAAACAAAUAUAACGUAUGUUUUACAUGAACAUACAACUUUUAAGAAAGAAUUGUAUCUUUCAUACCAAGAGGACGAAUCAUGGCAUAAAAACAAAGUGUUGUUCUAUUUCAUAAUAGGACUUUUAUUUAUAGCGGUGUUAUUGGUGUGUCUCCAUAUUAUACUAUGUUUUGUGGAUUGAAUUGUACUAGAACAGAAUUGUUAGGUAGAUAAAUUAUGAACAUACAUGUACAUUACUUGUAUUUAUAUCUGAGAGCAGUAUUGUCAAACCUUGGUACCGAUAUAUUAACGUUACUAGGCGAAAUUAGAGAAAUAUAACGAAAGUACCUCGAAGGAACUAGUAUAUUGCAUUGCAAUGAUUGCAUGUAGUGUAAAAAAAACUCCUUAUAUCAGUGAUGUUUUGGUUAA